GUCCACCACCAAGCCCUAUCAAUGUGAAAGCUAUCGUCAAUCCAGAGAAGGCUUCAAUCAAGGAUCAGAUGAUCGAGCUGACUUGGGAACAACCGAGUGAUCAAGUCUCGGCUGCUGGACCAGUCACCAACUUCUACAUUGAACUGAAACCGACAGAUUCAACACGCUGGCAAGAUGUGUCGGCCGACUUCACCAUCACUGAGCCACACUUCUCACUUCCUACUGAUAAGCUGCAAGAGUUUGUGAGUUAUGAAUUUCGUGUGACAGCGGAGAAUAAGGCUGGUAAGAGCAAGCCAUCAACAGCAUCGAAUGCAGUUGAGUUGGGUAUACCGCUGGAAUUCAUUCGCCCGCUGGAAGAUUUGACUGUGAGUGAACUGACAAGUGGACCAGUUUCACUUGAAUGUGAACUCUCUCGAGCGCCUCGUGAGAAGAUGCAAUGGUUUAGAGAUGGCAAAACUCUGAGUCGACUACCGGACAGAAUUAAAGUCGAAGAGUUGGAGGAUGGAAAGAUUCAUCGCAUUGUCUUCCACCCAUUGACUGAUGAGGAUCUAGGUGUUUAUUCUGUCAAAGUGGAGAAUUUAACGAGUGAAGCAAGGCUUGAAAUGAAAA